CGAUCUCAGAUAUCAACAUCUCUUAGAUUUCAGACUCCAACUCAGACUUAGCCACAAUCUUGCCAUUUCAAUUAAAUUAGAAAUCGCAAAGAAAAUUGGGAUCGACGCAGACUUUCAAUCUCCUCUCUAUCUCAAAACCACUCUAACCUCAAUUUUUUUUUUCGCUCCAACUCUCUUUUUUUAUUCAUCACACUUUAUUAUGGAUUCCGUUAUGGCUGCCACUGCGGCUGCCGCAGCAUCGGCGAUAAACGCCGCCAAACAAAUGUCGCACAGCCACAUUUCCGACCUCCAGGCGGAUGUGCUUGACCCCCAGCUUAACCUGAACCAUGAGCUCCAAACCUCUUCCUAUGACCAGAUGCACAUGCACAUGCACGAUGAAUUGCUCCAGGACGUGCUUGAGAGCAACUCGAACUUGGACCUCCAGGGAAACAAUCACCAUGAGAUUGUGCACGAACACGCGCCAGCUGCGUUGGACGUCCCGUUCUUGGCCCAGGAGUGCACACGGUGCAAGAAGGACUUCAACCAGCCAGUUGGCCGUGGGCGCACUUUUAAGCUCUGUCCGCACUGUCGUGACUUGCAGAGACAGCGGUCCAAGCGGUGGCAGCAGCGCACGAAGGAGAAGCCAGGCGCCUGUCGCCGAUGCGGGGCAAUGAUCCCGCCGACGGAGGAAAACUUUGUGCUCUGUGCGCCCUGUCGCCUCAAUCUCCGGUCCAGGAAGGCCCUGCGUGCGGCCAAUGGUAAGUGUGUGCACUGUUCAGGGCCAAACGACUCGAUCAACGAAGACUUCAAGGUAUGUUCGCGGUGUCGUACGAAUGAUAAGAUCCGGCGGACGAAUCUAGAGAAGCAAGGGGCAUGCAACCGAUGUACCGCACGUUUAUCAGACGAUGAUUUGGCCAGCCACAAGGUAUGCUACCGGUGUCGAAACCGCAAGAAGAAGGUCCCAUCUCCUGGUCCAGGCUAUGUCCAGACGCAUAUCCACGGACAAAUGUCGCUGCAGGUACAUCUCCAGCGUCAGUUACAGCAGCACCAGUUGCAACAGUCGGAGGCAGACGCGGCCGCGGCGAUUUUGAACUCGGCGCUGCAACAGCAGGCGCAGCAAUUAAUUGCCAGCGCACAUUUGCUUCCGCAACAGAUGCAGAGCUACUUGUUGAGCGAGCAAUAUCUUCUGAAUGACGAUCCGCGGGAUGAUAAGGUGAGACAGAUGAUCCAGGAGCAUUUAAGGGUGCAUGAAGAGGAUGCGAAGGUGGAUUAUGCGAAGAAAUACCAGACGGAAGGGAGCAAUUUGUUUUUGAACCCGGAGGGUGAACAGCAAUAGCAAGGUCUUGUUACAAAGCGACUGAGCUGAAUUACAGUAACUAAUUCAGAUGGCUAAGCGAUUGGACUGAACAAGUCUAAGCGUUCUGGCGAACCGGGGGUGAAACCAUUGGGUAGUCAUUAGCCAUUAUCGCUCAUACCCGGCCACGGAGGAACUAGGCGAGCGAUGCAUUUUUUCGGUACAUCACUAAGCUAAAUAUAGCUAGCCAGUGAUUCCAUGCCCUUGAAUAUGUGAAGUGAUGCAUCCCUGAUAACUGGAUCGUUACUCCCACCGCAUGGGACGUAACCCUAUUUAUAGAAUGAACCAAUAAAUAAGACGCAAAUGCACAUAUUGGACCGUC